AUGCCCCUUGCAGAGCCAAGUGAGACUCCUGCUACAGCCCAACAAGUUGGGUCUGCCGGUCAGGCCACACCUGUAGCCACAGCCAGCUCUCAGGUGACAGAUGUCAUCGAUGGCUCCAAGCCAGUAUUCACUAACUGUCAGACUACCGAAAUCACAGGAUGCAGAGUGACAGCCUCCAACGAGGGCAGCCAGAGAAACACAGUCUGCGACAAGCGAGCUCUUCGCUACAGAGACCAGUUAGCAACUCUUGAAGAGGGCCGUUCGGUGAGCUUCAGUGGCGAUCAAACCCAACUGGAAGACUGUCCAGUCACUUCCGGGGACGACCGAGCCUCCUGGUGUGGUCAGACGAUGACCCCCAAUGCUGACCAGACUUGCCAUGGGCAUCAGGAGAUGGCCCUCAAUAGUGACGAGAAUGUCUACAGAGAUGAGAUGAGAACUCUCCUCAGUGGAGAGACUCCUCUGAGUCUCUGUAGGAGUCAGAUGACAAAUCCUAGUGGUGAGUUACUCACCUAUGGGGCUCAGACAAUGGUCCCUAAUACAAACCAGACUUUCUCUGGGGGUCAGAUGACAACUCAAACCAAUGAUUUAACAGAUGGGGUUCAGAUGACAUCACCCAGUGGUAGCCAGACUUUCUUUGGGGGUCAGAUGACUACAACCAGUGACCUUACAAAUGGGAUGACCAUUCCAGAUGGAGACCAGACCUUGUCUGGCUCGCAGAUGACAAACUGGAAUGGUGACCAGGCCAACUAUGCUUCCCAGAUGACAAACUGGAACGGUGACCAGACCUACUAUGACCCCCAGAUGACGAACUGGAAUGGUGACCAGGCCAACUAUGCCUCCCAGAUGCCAAACUGGAACGGUGACCAGGCCUACUAUGACCCUCAGAUGACAAACUUGAAUGGUGGCCAGGUCUACUAUGACUCCCAGAUGACAAACUUGAAUGGUGACCAGGUCUACUAUGAUCCCCAGAUGGCAAACUUGAAUGGUGACCAGGCCAACUAUGCCUCCCAGAUGGCAAACUUGAAUGUUGACCAGUCCUUCUACAACCCUGAGAUGGCAAACUUGAAUGGUGACCAGGUCUACUAUGACCCCCAGAUGACAAACUGGAAUGGUGACCAGGCCAACUAUGACCCCCAGAUGGCAAACUUGAAUGGUGACCGGACCUUCUACUACCCUCAGAUGGCAAACCCCAGAGGUGGCCUGACCCAUUAUACAGGACACGUGAUGUCCCUUGCUGGUAGCCAGAUGCCCUCUCCAAGAAAUCACCCAGAUAUGAAAGAGGACCUCAGCACUCCGGACCCUAAGUUGCAGAAGAAGAACAAUCGGAAGUCCUAUGGGUGCGAAACAUGUGGACAGAUAUUCCAAAAGUCUUCCCACCUCCGAAACCAUAUUCGCAAACAUACUGGGGAGAAACCCUACAAGUGCCGCAUGCCUAAAUGCCAGUGGAGAUUCACCCGCUCGGAUGAGCUCAGCCGACACAUGAAAAAGCACACUGGGGGGCCGUCCUUCAGAUGUGUGGUGUGCGGCAGGGACUACUCACGGAUGGACAACCUAAGGCAGCACCAGAGAAAGCAGCACCCGGAAGUGUUACCCCCAGGACGCGUGUGAA